AUGCCAUGCAAUGCCUCCUCCAACUUCCCAUCUUUGGCCCCCCUGGCUCUUUCGGGUUCCGCCCCGCGGGCCAGCCGGAAAAACAGCCCGCCGCGCCGUAGCUCCCACUCCGCCGACGCGCAGCACGCCCGCCCUGCAUUAGCCGCCCGCGCCGCCGGGCCCCCACCAGCGCCGGACGGUUCGUCCAGCGCAACGCGCAGCAGCUUCGUGUCCGCUGCGCCCGCGCCGCACGAGAGGGCUCCGACUUGGGAAAGCGUGCGUCCCAGGACGCAGCCGGAAAACUUGGCAGUGGCACAGGGACGGGUGGGCGCUGGGCCGCACAGAAACAACCUGGCUGGCCCGCGUGACUGCGAAGGCGGCCUGCGAAACCUCCGAUGCGUGCCGCUCGCGCAACACGGCGACGCGCGCCCCGCUUUUUCUCGGCUUACGUCGCUGGGGCUUCUGGGCUCCACUGUUGCGGUGGUGCGACCUUUGUCCCCCGGCUGGCGUGUAUCAGCUGGUGCAUCGUACGGAGUACCCACGGUCCAGCAGCUCCCUACGUCGCGACACGACAGGGCCCCGCUCUGUCCGCCGUGGAUAGCCGCGUCCACCAACAACCCGCCGAAAACCGCUGGCUCCAUGUCGUUGACUCUGGGCGCCGACGUUCCCUGCCUGGCUGCUGCCACGUCGUUUCACCGCCCCCUUUUCUUGUAA